UGUCUGGACUCUGGACUCUGUCUGGACUCUAGUUUUGGUCCUUGUCUGAGGUGAGUGUAGUUCUGUAGUUCUGCAGAAUCCAGAUCAGUCCAGAAUCAGGUGUGAGUUUGGUGCUGAGUGAUUUGUGAACCACCAGUUGUUAAAGUUUCCUCUGACGGUAAAACCGAAGCACAAGGCUUGAGCCUGAGAAGCAUGUUGCCAUGGUAACCCAGGCUCAGAUGAGCGUCGGUCAGGAUGGCUCGUGAGGAUGCGGUGAGAUGUCUGAGGUGUCUGCUGUACGCACUCAACGUGCUCUUCUGGCUGAUGUCAGCGUGUGUGUUGGGAGUGGCCGCGUGGAUCCGAGACUCUCUGAACACCGUCCUGACGCUGACGGCUCACACCAGGUUGGAGGAGGCGGCCAUUCUCACGUACUCUCCAGCUGUUCAUCCCGUCAUCAUCGCCGUGUGCUGCUUCCUUAUCAUCGUGGCAAUGGUGGGAUACUGUGGAGCGCUCAGGUGUAACCUGCUGCUGCUCUCCUGGUACCUGUGCAGUCUGCUGGUGAUCUUCUGCGUUGAACUGGCCAGCGCCGUGUGGACGUAUGACCAGCCAUCAGUGCAGCGCUCGGAUAUGAUCAGUCUUAAGUCUCGGAUGUCAAACUACGGCCUGCAGAGAUACCAGUGGCUCACACACACCUGGAACAGCUUCCAGACACAGUUUAAAUGCUGCGGAGUGAUGUACUUCACUGAUUGGCUGGAGAUGACAGAAAUGGAGUGGCCUCCUGACUCCUGCUGCUCCGAUCAGUAUCCAGGCUGCGCUCGCCACGCCCGCUACCAUGAUCUGAGUGACCUCUACCAAGAGGGCUGCGGUCCAAAGAUCUACAGUUUCAUUCGUGGGACGAAGCAGUUGCAGGCGUUGCGUUUCCUGGGCGUGUCUAUCGGCGUGGCUCAGAUCCUGGCCAUGGCGCUCACCCUCACGCUGCUCUGGGCGCUUUAUUAUGGACGAAAGUCUCCAGAACUGGACUCCAUGGCACCCCCGAUGGACUCCGCUCCCGACACUGUGACGCAUGGAGCCUCAGCUUCAGGCAGCAACCAGACUAACAUGUGCGCUGCCUCCACGCCGCAGGAACACCAGUUUGAGAUGGAGUGCCUGUCGUAGCCGUGGGGACAAGCAGGAAGCUCUCCAGGUUCAUGUCUGGGACGUGUAAACAUGUGAAAACCAUUAGAUGACCAAACAGAAACUGAGGAAAACUAAAAACCGAUGAGACAUUAAAUGUCGGUGAAAUUUCAAGUCAGGAACACGUUGUGAAGACGUCAGGAACAUGUUGUGAAGACGUCAGGAACACGUCAGGAACACGUUGUGAAGACGUCAGGAACACGUCAGGAACACGUCAGGAACACGUCGUGAAGACGUCAGUAACACGUCAGGAACACGUCGGGGAACACGUCAGGAACACGUCAGGAACACGUCUGCAACACGUUAGGAACACGUUGUGAAGACGUCAGGAACACGUUGUGAAGACUUCAGGAACACGUUGUGAAGACGUCAGGAACACGUCAGGAACACGUCUGCAACACGUUAGGAACACGUUGUGACCACGUCAGGAACACGUUGUUAAGACGUCAGGAACACGUUGUGAAGACGUCAGGAACACGUCAGGAACACGUCGUGAAGAUGUCAGGAACACAUCAGGAACACGUCAGGAACACGUCGGGAACACAUCGUGAAGACGUCAGGAACACGUCAGGAUGGAACACGUCUGGAACACGUUAGGAACACGUUGUGAGCACGUCAGGAACACGUUGUGAAGACGUCAGGAACAUGUUGUUGAAACAAAGACAAAAACAUUGUCCCUUUAAAGUAACCCUGAGCUGAUUCGUAGGAACCAGGACAGAUCGUGGCUCCUCUUGAUGGAACCACCUCUGUUCUCCAGACGUUCUCAAUAACCUGAGCGGUUCCUAUGUGAGGGAUCAGCAGAUUUGUGUUUUAUAUGAGAACAUGUGUGAUGUUGAUGUUUCAUACUUUUGUGUCUGAGUUAUUUUUCUCA